AUGGGCAGCCGGCCCUGCAGCCCCAGUGCGUCCCGUGCGGCCCGGUGGGGACUGCAGGCCGGAGGACCCGGCCCUGCCAAGCACCGCCGAACGGAGUAGCCCGCGGGCCCCGAGUCCGAGUCCGAGUACGAGGCGGCUCCCAGCCUGGACAAUGUGCCCGAGUCCCCAGCCGUGAGCACGCUCACCUCUGUGCUGGUCCUGCCCGCCGGCUGUGCCCUACACCUGCCCCUGGACCACGUCGAAGUGCUACUGGAGGCCGAGCCCACGUCCAUGAGGCAAGUGUCUCUCGGAGAUCACAUCCUCCUGCUGGUCCACGAGGCUCUCCUGGGCUCGGGUGUGGAAGUUCCAUGGGUACAGGGCCUAGAACGGGCCGCUUUCCUGAGCGCUCCCGGGGAGUACAUGGCCCUGGAGCCGGGAUUCUUGUGCGCAGCUGUCCCAGAGAUCGCCUGCCAAGAAGAGGCCAAGGAGGAGGACGCGGACCCGAGCGCAGCAGCUCCCCUAGAAGCCAGGACUGAGGGAUCCCGAGAGGCGCCCCCAGAGCUCCGAAGUUUCGAACCGCGUCGCCUAGUCCUGCACCACAGAGACCUGGCCCGCCUCACCUGUCAACCAGGAGUCACUGCCUGCAGGACCAACUCCACCUCGCUCUUUGCUUGGCCCAGGGAGCGCCGCCCGCGCCGCCAUUGGGAUGAUGGGCAGCCGUCCCCGCAGCCCCAGCGCCUCCCCUGCGGACCGGUGGGGACCGCAGCCCGGAGGACCGGGCCCUGCCAAGCACCGCGAAAGGAGGAGCCCGCGGGCCCCGAGUCCAAGUCCAAGGCGGCGCCCAGCCUGGACAACCUGACCUGGCCCCCAACCGCGGACACGCUCAUCUUCGUGGUGGUCCUGCCCACUGGCUGUGCCCUGCAUGUGCCCCUGGACGACGUCGACGUGGUGCUGGAGCCCGAGCCAGCGUCCGUGAGGCAAGUGUCUCUUGGAGAUCGCAUCCUCAUGCUGGUCCCUAAGGCCCUGGUGGGCUUGGGCAUCGAACACCCCUUGGGACAGGGCCUGGAACGGGGCGCUUUCCUGCUCACUCCCGGGGAGUACAUUGCCCUGGAGCAGGGAUUCUUCUGCUCAGCUGUCCCAGAGAUCGCUGCCAAGAAGAGGCCAAAGGGAGGACGCGGACACGGAUUCUCAGAGCCGUCCCCUUGGACCCCCAACCCUAGUCCAGAGAGACGCUCUCCUCACCACGAUGACAAUCUGGACUUGCACCUUCCAGAGCCCUUCUCCGACUCACCACUCCAACCUCUACCUCCCUCUCCAAGUCCAGGUCCUCACCAGCAUCCCCAACGCCCUCAUGGUCCUCCACGCAAGACCUGGAAAUGCCUGUACCCUGAAUCAACUGCCUCCCACAAUUCCUGGCCAAUUGAACGGGGACCAGGAUAG